CGGUUAUUUAGUUUAGGUUUCAACUAUAAUAGAAUUUUCAGCUAAAAUCUCUCUAUUUCUAAGCUUAGGUCAAUUGCUCUAACAGAAACCAAUUACUCUGCUUCUGCCCUGGGGUUUCCUUGUUCUUCUCGUUGAUUCCCCAAAUACCUAUCUCUAUUUAGUUUUCAUUGAAUUUCCUCAUCUGGGUAUUUUGUUCUUCCCUGAAAGAUCGGAACUUUAACUUCAAUUUUCGACCUUUUGUGGAACCUAAUCGUGGAAGCCAGUUUUUGUUGGGGAGGAAAAUGGGGUUGACCGACGAUCCGAAGGGGAAUUUAGUGAGUCGACUUUCCGAGUUGGUGAAGGAGAUUUCUGCGUUACCCGAGUGCAAGAAUAUCUUCAAGAGGAUGUAUGGUAAUUUGGCGCGUAGAAUCAAGCUGUUGAGUCCCUUGUUUGAGGAAUUGGGAGAUAUUGAUAAAGAGCCAUGCCCAGAUGAAAUUCGUGGAUUUGAGUUGCUAAUGGUCGCCUUGGAUUCAGCCAAGGAGCUUUUGAAGUCUUGCAAUGAAGGGAGCAAGCUGUACCAGGCUUUUCAAAGAGAUGAGACAACAAGAAAGUUUCACCAAAUCACAGAACAAAUUGAAGCAGCAUUGACUGAGAUUCCCUUUACUGAACUUGAUAUAUCUGAGGAAGUUAGAGAACAGAUCGAACUUGUGCAUGCCCAAUUCAGUAGAGCCAAAGGAAAACCAGAGUCGCCUGAUUUACUAUUAGAACUUGAUUUAGCUGCAGCACUGGAAGAAAAGGAUCCUGACCCUGUGAUACUAAGAAGACUAACGGAGAAGCUGCAGCUCAGAACAAUUAAUGAUAUGAAGAAAGAGUCAUUUGCUCUUCAUGAACUGGUUAUCUCCAGUAGUGGUGAUUCAGGGGACUGUUGUGAGAAGAUGUCCUCACUGCUUAAGAAGUUGAAAGACUGUGUAUUGACUGAUAAUCCUGAAGGUGAGACGUCAGAGGGUGAAAAGGGUGUCAUCAAACAUCGAUCCCCUGUUAUCCCAGAUGAUUUCCGGUGCCCAAUAUCUCUUGAAUUGAUGAAAGAUCCUGUGAUAGUCUCCACUGGGCAGACAUAUGAAAGAUCCUGCAUUCAGAAAUGGUUGGAUGCAGGGCACAGGACCUGUCCCAAAACACAACAAACACUUCUACAUACUGCCCUAACUCCAAACUAUGUUUUGAAGAGUCUCAUAGCUUUCUGGUGUGAGAGCAAUGGUGUUGAGCUCCCAAAAAUGCAAGGAACUUGUAGAGGUAAAAAACCUGGAAAUUGCAUUUCAGAUUGUGAUCGUCCUGCUAUUGUUGCUUUGUUGGAAAAACUGGCAAAUGGAAAUUCAGAACAACAAAGAGCAGCAGCUGGUGAGCUCCGGUUAUUGGCAAAAAGGAAUGCAGAUAAUAGAGUGUGCAUCGCUGAGGCAGGAGCAAUUCCACUUCUUGUAGAGUUGUUAUCUUCACCAGAUCCUCGGACACAAGAGCAUGCUGUAACAGCUCUUCUUAACCUUUCCAUCAAUGAAAAUAACAAGGGAACUAUCGUAAAUGCAGGAGCUAUUCCUGAUAUUGUAGAUGUCUUGAAAAGUGGAAGCAUGGAGGCUAGAGAGAAUGCAGCUGCAACGCUUUUCAGUUUAUCUGUCAUAGAUGAAAACAAGGUAGCCAUAGGAGCAGCUGGGGCUAUCCCUGCUCUAAUAAAUUUGCUUUGUGAAGGGACUCCAAGAGGAAAGAAGGAUGCUGCCACAGCUAUUUUUAAUCUUUCAAUCUAUCAGGGAAACAAAGCGAGAGCUGUGAGAGCUGGUAUCGUGCCACCACUGAUGGGACUGCUUAAGGAUGCUGGAGGUGGUAUGGUAGAUGAAGCAUUGGCAAUUCUGGCCAUUCUUGCAAGCCAUCAAGAAGGAAAGAUAGCAAUCGGACAGGUUGAACCGAUCCCUGUCCUGUUGGAGCUCAUAAGGACUGGUUCCCCACGCAACCGUGAGAAUGCAGCAGCCAUAUUGUGGCCGCUUUGUACUGGAGAUUUGCAACAGGUGAAAGUUGCACGAGAUCAUGGUGCAGAGGAGGCACUGAAGGAGCUUUCAGAAAAUGGAACCGACAGGGCCAAGCGAAAAGCUGGAAAUAUAUUGGAACUUCUUCAACGAGCUGAUGUGAUGGAAACUCCUGUCUCUUUGAGUUCCUUGUGAAUUUGUCAUAUGCAUUAUAUACAGGAAAAUGUUUAUAAGCUGGAUAUGUAAAAAAUCAAGCAAAAAAUUUUUUAAUGAUGUAUUUGGGAUUACGGUUGAGAGUUUAUUUUUGUAAUCAUAUAAUAUUUUUAAAUAAAUAUAUGUGGUAAUU